CACUCACCUAAAAAUAACAUCAGCUUACUGUGCCAAUGUAUGUGCACAAGCAUUAGUUAUUGCAUUUAAUGGCCGUCAAAUUGUUGGUUUUCGCCUGAGAGCAGCUUCAAUUCACAAUUUAAAUUGGACUACGAAAACUGUUGCAUAGUUUUGCGCGCCAAACUCAAAUUUACAUUUGAUAUGCAGUGGCAAACACAUAAACCAUUUACAAGUUGAUCAAAUCGUGGGCAAUGCCGAGGCCAGGAUGCUGCUUUGAGCGACACAAGGAUACAGUGGACACAGUGGACAGAGAGAAUGACGACGCCCAACAUUGACUACGACUACUUGUUCAAAUUCCUCGUCCUGGGCGAUUCCGGUGUGGGCAAAACAUGUCUGCUCUAUCAAUACACAGACGGCCGCUUUCACUCCCAAUUCAUUUCCACCGUCGGCAUUGAUUUUCGAGAGAAACGUUUGGUGUACAGGUCGCGGGGACGACGGCAUCGGAUCCAUUUGCAAAUAUGGGACACUGCUGGCCAGGAGCGAUUUCGUUCGCUGACAACGGCAUUCUAUCGGGACGCAAUGGGUUUUCUGCUUAUCUUUGAUUUGACCAGCCAGAAAUCGUUUCUGGAGAUUAGCAAUUGGCUGGAGCAAUUGCGAACCCACGCCUACACCGAAGAACCGGACGUUGUCCUCUGCGGCAACAAGUCCGAUCUCAUCCAGCUGCGUGUCGUCAGUCGGGAACAGGUCGCGGCAUUGGCGCAACGCUACCAUCUGCCAUACAUUGAGACGAGCGCCUGCACCGGCGCCAAUAUACAGCAGGCUGUCGAUCUGCUUGUCGGUCGCGUCAUGACACGCAUCGAGAAUGCCGUCUGCAAUCGUGACUUCUCCCUGGUCAUGUCCCAAACACAGUCGCAGUCACAGCGUCUGCCCAACAUGAUCUAUGGCCCGGAUCUGGUGCGUCUCCACCAGACGAACAGUUCCGCUCCCCAUCCGCAUUCGCGACGCAACUGCAACUGUUAGCCCGAAUCAUGGUGUAACUAGGGGAUGCUUGGUGACAUUACCUAUUUUGAGGACGUACUCCGUCAGUGCGAUAGAGAUGGCAUCACAAUUGAAUGGUGACUGGGCCUUGCGCUAUGCUGAAUGUUAAAGAGAUGGCAGUGGCUCUGUUUUGAUACUCUGAUACCGAAGGUAUCCGGAGUAUAUUGAUUUUGUGGAAUGUGCUUGAAACUUGGAGUAUGUGUCAAAACUGGGCUGCUACGUCCACUAAGAGGCUGGGAAAUCUUUACAUUCAACAAUCGCAAAUCGCAAUCAAAGAAGCCGCAUAUCUCCCACAAUUUGAAAGCUGUAGUCAUUAAAUUCGGAAGGCAUAUUGCUGGUAGCACAAUUCAAAAAGCAAGUCAAUUUAUUGGAAAAGACAAAAAUUUUAGGAUUGAUUACUAGAAAGCUAUAAAAAAUCGGUAUUUGUGGGCUAAACCCACCCGGCACCUGUUCCUGUAUUACUUAUUGGUAUCAGAGUAUUUUGCAGUCGGUUCUCUCUUGCUUUGUUUUGCCUGUCUGUGAGCAUUUGGCGGGAGCUCAAAUUGAAGCUUUCAAGCAUUGAAGCGUAUCUAUCUAUUUAAUAAUAAAUGCAGAACACAUUCUACAUUUACAUCUUUGUUAACAUAAAAUAGAUGAGCAACUGUCAAUUGUCAUCCACUGUCGAGAGGCACAGUACUCAAUACGUCACCAACUUAUAUAGUUACGCCAUGGGCUGAAGAGCCAACUCCCUCCGCUCCACCGCUCCUCCGAUCCCGAUGCUUCCACCCCACCAGCACCAUAUCAAAGGCAAUCAGCCAAUUUUAUUCCGUUAUUUCGUGUGUUUAUCUAUGUAUAUGUGUGCGUUGUUGACUGUAAAUAAAUGUUGCUUGUUAAUUGAAGUAUGC